GAGAGAGAGAUCAGUGAGAUCUGUGUGUCAAGCUUAGGUUUGUUCUUUAGAAGCCAAGCACUGGUACCUGCCACCUGCUGACUGAUGGAGUGUGAACAUUGAGACUCUGUGGGUACAUCAUGGGAAACUGCACUUCAGGGAAAAGGAAGAAACUGGAAGGGAAUUCUGGACCAGAUGUCAAAAGCAGCACAGAUAAGAAGCCUAAGGAGGAUGUAACGUAUGCCUCUAUUGACCACGGCACAGCCCAAGGAUCACGAAGAACCAGAGCUACAACUGACGAUGACUGUGACUAUGCAACAGUUAAAGUCCCAGCAGAUGACUGUGACUAUGCAACAGUUAAAAUCCCAGCAGAUGACUGUGGCUAUGCAACAGUUAAAGUCCCAGCAGAUGACUGUGGCUAUGCAACAGUUAAAGUCCCAGCAGCUCUUCGGCCUGAGUCUGAGUGCUCAUCUAAAGAUGAAUGUGAGGAUGAUUAUGUACUCAUGGGAUAAAAAGAAACAAGAGGAAGAUGGUGUUCUGGCUUGUGAAAGAUGGCGAUAUUGGUGAUCACAAACAUGAAAAAGUGUCUAAUAUUUAUAAUGACAGCUAAGAACUUGUUUACAGUGAAACUGCCACUGUUAAACUGUUAAUUAAGUCUCAGUGUUCAAUGAAGAAACUGUGACAAAAGGAAAAAACAACAACAACAACAAAAGUCUACAAUCAACAGCAGCUGACUGUGGAAACAAAGAGGUCCAUGAUGUUUCUCUCCACUUUUGAGGUAACCUCAAACCCGAGCACAACUGUGAUGUUCCUUCCUUAAAAACAAACCUUCUUCACAUUUGACCUCUUCAAAGAGGAAACACGACCGCAAGACGAGAAUAUGCAGCACUUUGCUCCGCUGAUUCCUGAUUUCAGCAGUACAGAACAUCUUCAAGAACGGCUACAUCAAUCCAGUAGCCUCUGACACACACCAGAGGAGUUAUACCAUGGCUUGAAUGACUUUUGUUUAACAUUUUCUAAACAAAUCUUAUUGCAUAAAUUUUGUUUGUGGAAAAGGGAGUCAACAGAACUGUUGUACUGUGUCUACAAUAGUUUCCUGAUAUGUUAGUCCAACAAAACUGAACACUGUGUCACAAAUUUAUGCAGUUCCAAGCAGCUUUAUUGUGUGUUGCACGUUUACACUGGAGAGGUGACAAUAUUAAGUACACUCAUAGCCCACAGUAUGCAGACUAUGCAGAACAUACAGCUGAAUUUUGAGUGUUAUGUGAAUGUAUACUAUUCACCCUCUAUGCAGUGCACAAAAGAAAACCACUUCACAGCUGAAAAAACAAGAAGAAAAGAAACUGUGAGUGGUGGUGAAACUGCUUCAAGGAAGUAUUAAAUCUUUGGAAAAACAUUAAAGUUUAAUUGGCUAAAUAGA